CGCUCAUGUCGAGAAAUCCGCUCGAUAACGGCCGUGGCGUCAUGCGAUUAGACGCGUUGAGCUUCGCGGGGACAGAUUCCCACUCGUCUCCUUCACUCACCCGCCUUGAAUCGUGGUCGGUCAUCCAGCUUCAGUAAAUAGCAACAAUCUCACAAUGGCCCCAACUCGUAUUCCUUUGAUUUUUGGCACCAUGACCAUGGGCACGACCCCAGGUGCGCGCAACAAGGAUCCCAAAAUCAGUUGUUUCUUCUCCGUCGUCCCUUACAAAGCGUACUCACCCCGACCCCAGGAAUGCCAGACCAUCCUCGACGUCUUCUUCAACCUCGGCCACCGCGAGCUCGACACCGCGCGCGUCUACUGCGGAGGGACGACCGAAGAGCUCCUCGGCACCCUCGACCUCCGCGACGCCACACUGGACACGAAGGUGCACCCGAUCUGCCCCGGUGGGCACGAGCCCAAGGCCCUGCGCGCGAGCUCCCAGCAGUGCUUGAAGGCGCUGAGGAGGGAUAAGGUUCGCGUUCUGUAUCUCCACGCACCGGACCGCAAGGUGCCGUUCGAGGAGACCUGCGCCGAGAUGAAUAAGCUGUACCAGGAAGGGCUUUUCGAGACCUUCGGCCUCAGCAACUUCGCCGCCUGGGAGGUCGCCGAGGUCGUGGGCAUCUGCAAGGCGAACGGCUGGGUGCAGCCGAAGAUAUAUCAGGUCAUGUACAACGCCAUCACGCGCGCCAUGGAACCCGAGCUGCUCCCCUGCUGCCGCAAGUUUGGGCUGAGGAUUGUGUGCUAUAACCCGUUGGCCGGCGGCUUCUUCGCCGGCAAGAUCACGUCCACGGCCGAGACCGGCGCCGCAGGCGGGCGCUUCGACCCCAACUCCCCCUCGGGCAAGAUGUACCGCGAGCGCUAUGUCAAUGAGGGCUAUGUGAAUGCGCUGGCGUUUCUGAAGGGCGUGGCGGCGAAGAACAACCUUUCGCUGAUCGAGAUCGCGCUCCGCUGGAUGCAGCACCACAGCAAGCUCACGCCUGAGGAUGGUGUUAUCCUCGGUGCCUCCUCUGCCGCACAGCUUGAGGAGAACUGCAAGGCGAGCGAUAAGGGUCCGCUGCCGGACGAGGUGGUCAAUGCGCUCGACGAGGCAUACCAGAUCGUGCUGCGCCAUGGUGGGGAGCCGCCGUACUGGCGUUGAGUGCUGUGCAGGGUUGCGAGCGGUGGUUCCUAUGUAUCAUCCAGGUAUGUAUGUAGCGCGGAAGCCUAGAUAGUACUAAAUGUAGCAAACAGCAAGCUCGACCAAAUACAAUGGGUUGGCAUCUGCCG